AUGCAGAUGGUAGACAAAGGUAGAGGUGGUGGUUGUAGAACAUUUAAUCGUGGUAGAAGACGUGGUCUUAGUUUGGGAGCUCCAAUUACCACCAACCCUUCCACCUCAUCCAUUCACGUAUCAACCUCAGAGUCAAUGAUUCAUGUCAUUGCACCGACUCCAAACACACUUCCUACAGCUCAAGACCAACCAAAUCCUACCUUUGUAAGGGAGUCAAUUCCCAUUACCCCUGUUAGAGAUGCUUCACCUUCAGCACCAGAUGAUUCUCUUACACUUGAGUACCCAUCAGAUCCAAAUUGUUUCAACCAACAUAUGAGUGUUCUAAUAUCAUAUCAAAUAUCAUUACUCAUUACGGAAAAAUUUGAUGAACCAGCUGCAAGUUGGUUGAAGAAAGAGUAUAGGUGGCACCCACAAGAAGAGAGAGCCAUUAGAGCUAUUUUUGAGACAAAAGGUUCAUGCAUUUUGAAAAGUGCAAUGAACAAGAUCAGAAAUGGUCAAGAUAAAGGAAAGUGGAUAACAGACAAUGUUCGAGCAGCCUUGGAUGAACAUUGGGGUUCUACAGAUUUCCUAAACAAGAGCUCUACUGCCAAGGCGAAUCGAUCUAUUGAUAGAGGAGCCUUAGCAUACUAUGGUGAACCAUAUCUACUGCAACUCACUUUGAAAAGCUGUCAAAGGAGUUUCAAAGACCACCAACUACUUGGGAGGAUGGAGAAAACUAAGAAAUUGAAGUCGGGAAAAUGGGUCAAUGACAAGUCCCGCGAAUUUGCUGAGAAAUAUCAACAUUGUCAAUAUGAAAUCUUACAACAUUCGACAGAGGAAGGAACAUCUACACAGGAUUCCCUUUACACUGCUACUUCUGUUAAUGAUAAUGAAAUAUAUCUGAAUGUUGUUGGAGCUCCAAAUUACAAGGGGAACAUGUAUGGGCUAGGUACUUUGAGCAAACAGUUUAGUUGUUCAAAAUCAGCUCCAUCUACUUCUAUUGCUCCUGUGGAAGACCAAAUAAAGGAAAUGUGUGAGACAAUUAAUAAAUUGAAUGCUGAGCUUUUGGCAAAGGCAAAUAAGGAGAAGACACUUGAGGAAAAGAUGUUGCAGCUGAUGGAGAAUCAUGACCACCAAAGUCAGGAGAUGCGACAACAGAUGCAAGAACAAAAUGAGCAAAUUCGUCAACAAAAUGAGCAACUGUAG